GAAUCACCAACAUCAAUCAAAGAUGGCUCCUUCUGCACUGUCACUGAAACUGUGUAUCUUAUUAUCCGUUCUGGGGAUUCUGGCCUGUCAAGCCGCUUCCCGUCCCCUUGCCGAGGCAACCGCGAUGAGGAAGCACGAGCGGUGGAUGGUGCGCUAUGGACGAGUGUAUGCAGACGAGGCGGAAAAGGAAAGGCGGUUCAAGAUAUUCAAAGAGAACAUGGAGCGAAUUGAGGGUUUUAAUAGGGCCGGGAAUCGGCCCUAUAAGCUGGGAAUCAACGAGUUUGCAGACCAGACCAAUGAGGAAUUCAGAGCUGCUCGGAAUGGGUACAAAUUGCCGUCUCUUCCGAGAGUAGAGGAAGAGACCGCAUGGUUUAAAUAUGAAAAUGUGAGUGAUGUUCCGGCUAGCAUGGAUUGGAGGAAGAAAGGUGCUGUCACACCUGUUAAGGACCAAGGCCAAUGUGGGAGUUGUUGGGCGUUUUCUGCCAUAGCAGCGACGGAAGGGAUAACUCAGCUGACGACCAAGAAGCUGAUCUCCCUAUCGGAGCAAGAACUGGUGGAUUGCGACGUCGUCAAAGGCGAGGAUGAAGGUUGCGAGGGAGGAUACAUGGAGGACGCCUUCAAAUUCAUAAUUAAGAACAAAGGCAUCGCCUUGGAAUCCACAUACCCGUACACCGCCGCAGACGGCAAAUGCAACGCCAAGGAAGCCGCCUCCGCCGCCGCGCGCAUCUCCGGCUUCGAGAAGGUCCCCAAGAACGACGAGGCGGCGCUGCUCAAGGCGGUGGCGAACCAGCCGGUUUCCGUCUCGAUUGACGCCGGGGACUUCUCUUUCCAGUUCUACAAGAGCGGGGUGUUCACCGGGCCGUGCGGGACCAUGCUCGACCACGGCGUCACCGCCGUCGGGUACGAUAAGGACGCGAACGGGACUAAGUAUUGGGUGGUGAAAAACUCGUGGGGGACGAGCUGGGGAGAGGAGGGGUACAUCAGAAUGGAACGAGACAUUGCUGCUAAGCAUGGGCUCUGUGGGAUUGCCAUGGAUUCUUCUUAUCCAACUGCAUAGAAGCACCACCACCACGACGUUGUAUAUAUCUAUUUGCUGUCCGGCGGCCGGCGGCCGGCGGCGUGUUUCUUUCUUUCUUGGUUUAUGUAUAAAUGGGGA